AUGAGGCAACGGAGGUGGCUGGAGCUAGUUAAGGACUAUGAUUGUGAGAUUCUGUAUCAUCUGGGAAAGGCUAAUGUCAUGGCAGAUGCACUUAGUAGACGAAGUUACGGAAGUGUAUCAACACUUAGGGGGAUUGCACAACCCUUACAAAAUGAUAUAAAGAAGUCCGGAAUUGAGUUGAUAAGUGUACAACUAGCUGACCUCAUGAUCAAGUCAGCACCGAUGGAGGAAAUUAAGGAGAAACAACAAGAGGAUGAGUUUCUUCUUAAUAAGAGGGCGGCACUACAAAGCUCAAAAAAUGUUGACUUUUCAAUGACAAAGGAAGGCAUACUACGAUAUAGAAACCGAGUGUGUGUGCCAAGCAAAGGUGAAUUAAGACAUAAUAUUAUGGAAGAAGCACACACCACUCCAUAUUCACUUCAUCUGGGGUCGACCAAGAUGUACAACGAUGUCAAGACAAUGUACUAG